AUGUCUCUAUAUCGCAUCGGCGUCGAUGUUGGCGGAACCAACACCGACGCCGCUAUUCUGGACAUCAAGGCUCUCGACCAACCUGGACGCGGUGUGCUGGCAUCCCACAAGGCCACGACGACUCCUGACAUCACAAGCGGCAUAGAGGCUGCCAUCAGGGAGGUGCUGACACGCUCAAAGGUUGAGAAGAGCCGCAUCCUCAGCGUCACAAUCGGAACGACACACUUUAUCAACUCUCUUAUCGAGGCCGAUGCUAGGAGGCUGGAUCGAGUCGCCGUUUUCCGAUUGUGCGGCCCCUUUACGAAGCAGAUCCCCCCCUUUUCUGAUUUCCCACUCGGUCUUCGUGGCAUUCUCGAUGGAGGUGUUCACUACUUGGAUGGAGGGUUGGAGAUGGACGGGCGAGAAAUUGCUCCUUUGAACCCAGACCAAAUUCGUGAAGCCGUAAAAUCAGUCGUUGCUGCUGGCAUCGGUGCUAUUGCUCUCGUUGGGGUCUUCUCACCGCUCGAUCAUCACGGCAUCCAUGAAGAGCAGUGCAGGCGCAUCAUCCUCGAUGCUGCCCCUGAGCUACGCGUGGUUUGCUCCCACGACAUUGGACCUACCGGCCUUCUCGAAAGAGAAAACGCCACUAUUCUCAAUGCCGCCAUUCUCAGGACGGGCGAGAAGGUCAAGCGUGGUUUUAAGCGUGCCAUGGACAGUUUGCGGUUGACUUGCCCUCUGUUCCUUUCCCAAAACGACGGUACUCUCAUCGAUGUCGAAACAGCCUCCAAGUACCCCAUCAAGACGUUUGCCAGCGGCCCGACGAAUAGCAUGACCGGUGCUGCGUUUCUCGCCGGUCUUGACACCAAAUCUGCGUCAGCUUCAAACGACAACCCCAACGAUGCAGUCGAGCCCCAGAUCCUCGUAGUUGAUAUUGGCGGCACCACAACCGAUGUGUGCGCACUCCUGCCUUCCGGGUUUCCACGACAGGCCCCUGGAUUCGUCGAAAUUGGGGGUGUUCGAACAGCGUUUUCUAUGCCAGAAGUUGUAUCCAUUGGUUUGGGAGGCGGAAGCAAAGUCGAGGUCGAAGAAGACGGGACAGUCCGCGUGGGUCCUGGCUCUGUUGGACACUUCAUCAAGAAGCAGGCCAAAGUCUUUGGCGGUUCAACACUGACGGCAACGGAUAUCGUUGUUGCUCUCGGCAAGACUGAUCUUGGGGAUGCAUCUCUCAUCAAGGAUGUGCCUGAAGAAACCAUCAGUCUUGCUCGCAUGGAGAUCAAGAGGAAGCUAGAAAGAGUAAUUGACCAGAUGAAGGUGUCAUCCGCCCCGGUCCAUGUACUGCUCGUUGGUGGUGGUGCUCUCCUAGUGACGGAAGAGCUGGCAGGAGUUGAUAAAUGUAUCCACCCAAUUCAUCAGGGAGCUGCUAACGCAGUCGGUGCUGCUAUUGCUAAAGUCUCUGGCGAGGUCGACACUGUGGAAAUCCUCGAAGGCAAGACGGAAAAGGACGUUCUUGAUGCUGCUUGCGCGCGAGCCAUGAACAUGGCAAUCGAGAAAGGGGCCUCUCCCGACGAUGUGCGUAUUGUUGAGAUAAACAAGAUGCCCCUGCAGUACAUGUCCCAAACCACCAUUAGAAUCCAAGUCCGCGCAGUAGGCAAGCUGGCUAUCCCUGACGAACCGACUCCGCCGCCUACUCCCCCAACUGGCGAAAACCCAGACUACAAGGAGGAGGAGGUCGAGGAAGAGAAGGUCAGUGUGCCGAAUGCCCUGGAACCCACCACAAAGCCGUCGUUGUACGUAGACUUGGAGACGUACCGCCCUGAUGUGCGAGAUGGCGUCUGGUACGUUUCUGAAGUCGACCUAGAACUCAUGUCCACGGGAUGCGGCGUUCUCGGCACUGGUGGUGGUGGCCCUACUCAUUACGAGUUUCUCAAGAGUUUGCAUGCACUGCGGACUGGGGGCCAGGGUAAGAUGAGGAUUAUCUCUCCUAAAGCGCUAAAAGAUACCGACUCAGUUUGCUUUGGUUCGUGGUAUGGCAGCCCGAGUGUAAUCAAUGAGCGAUUAUCCGGCGGCAACGAGAUCCCCAGCGGCAUCGAAGCGGCAGCAAGAAUCGUAGGAAAGUCCAUUGAUGCACUGCUUCCGGAUGAAAUCGGCGGUGGUAAUGGACUAUCAUCUUUCCCUACAAGUGCUCACUUCGACGUUCCCAUCGUGGACGGCGACGCAAUGGGCCGAGCAUAUCCAACAAUGUAUCACGUUACCUUUAGUGUAUACGGUGUUUCGUUAGUCCCCUGCGUCCUCACAGAUGCUCGUAACAAUGUGAGCGUCGUCAUGAGCACUGAUACACCUGAGAGGCUGGAGACAAUACUGCGAACAACAGCCAUCGAACUUGGAUUAAGCUGCGCAGCUUGCUCUACUCCACUCUCUGGGUCGAUUGUCAAACAGUACGGUAUUCCGAAUACUUUGUCUCAGACGUGGUACUUGGGCCGCGCUAUUCACAAGGCAAGGAGGAGCAAGACGAGCUACAUUGACGCCAUUUUCGCUGAGAGUGCUGGAAAGCUCCUCUUUAGCGGCAAAAUUGUCGAUGUACGCCGCCAUCUCGGCGGAGGCUACACCAUGGGCGCCGUCAUCAUUGCUCCCCUUGACGAAGCAGAACGCGAUGCAACAGCCGUUAGCAAACAGCAGACGGCAUCAACCAGUCGGCACAUGACGAUUCCGUUUCAAAACGAAUAUCUUUAUGCCGCACUUACUGAUUCCGAAGGAUCCGAAGAGACGCAGGAGGUUGUGUGCACGGUCCCAGAUCUCAUUUCUAUCCUGGGACAAGACGGUGAGGCAAUCGGCUCACAGGAUCUCCGAUAUGGAUUACACGUUAAUGUUAUUGCGCUGCCCGCGCAUCCUCUUUGGAAGAGUGAAAGGGGCAUAAGAGUGGGCGGCCCAGAAGGAUUUGGGUUCAAGAUGCCGGUUGUCGAGGUGGACAGGGAGUUUACUCAAGCGAGGAGCGUAAUUGAUGAAUUUUCGACAUAGAGAUGGGGUAAAGGGUUAUAGGCAUAUACACGAUGGGCCUUUGGCAUUUACUGGCAGCCAUGGUAGACGGAGGAAGAGGGGAGCAUUGAGAUACCACAGCGUUUUACGUCUG